AUGCAGAAAGGGAUGCGCCUCAAUGACGGUCACAUCAACUAUCUGGCUCUGCUGGCGAAGAAGGACGGGACAAGGCGAGGGUGUCUGAGUAAGAAAAGCUCAGACAACACAAAAUGGCAUUCAAAGUGGUUCGCACUGCUGCAGAAUAUGCUGUUUUAUUUCGAAAGCGACUCGAGCUCACGCCCCUCCGGACUGUACCUGUUGGAGGGAUGCGUUUGUGAUCGCGCACCGUCACCCAAACCGUCUCUGUCAGCCAAGGAAGGCUUAGAGAAGCAGUAUUACUUCACUGUCACUUUCAAUUAUGACAAUCAGAAGGCACUGGAGCUGCGUACUGAGGACAUCAAGGACUGUGAUGAGUGGGUGGCUGCUAUCACGCAGGCCAGUUACCGGAACCUGGCUACAGAGCAUGAGACCCUGAUGCAGAAGUACCUCCAUCUUCUCCAAAUAGUGGAGACAGAGAAAACAGUUGCCAAGCAACUUCGACAACAGAUAGAGGAUGGAGAAAUUGAGAUAGAGCGGCUAAAAUCAGAGAUUUCUGGAUUGCUGAAGGACAAUGAGAAGAUCCAGUCAAACCCAGAGGUCCCACCUAGUGAGGAUGACACUGAGAUUAAGAAAAUUAAAAAGGUCCAAAGUUUUCUACGAGGAUGGAUCUGCCGCAGGAAGUGGAAAACCAUUAUCCAGGACUAUAUCCGGUCUCCCCACGCUGAAAGCAUGAGGAAGAGGAACCAGGUGGUGUUCAGCAUGCUGGAAGCAGAGGCAGAAUAUGUCCAGCAACUCCACAUCCUGGUCAACAACUUCCUGCGACCGCUCCGUAUGGCUGCCAGUUCAAAGAAGCCGCCCAUCACCCACGAUGAUGUCAGCAGCAUCUUCCUCAACAGUGAGACCAUCAUGUUCCUCCAUCAGAUCUUCUACCAGGGUCUGAAAGCCAGGAUCGCCAGCUGGCCCACACUGGUCCUGGCUGACCUGUUUGACAUCUUGCUGCCCAUGCUGAACAUCUACCAGGAGUUUGUGAGGAACCACCAGUACAGUUUACAGAUCCUGGCCCACUGCAAGCAGAACCGAGACUUUGACAAGCUGCUGAAGCAGUACGAGGCUAAACCCGACUGUGAGGAGAGGACACUAGAGACAUUCCUCACAUACCCCAUGUUUCAAAUCCCCCGUUAUAUCCUGACCCUCCAUGAAUUGCUGGCUCAUACCCCCCAUGAACACGUGGAGAGAAACAGUUUAGAAUAUGCCAAGUCAAAACUGGAGGAACUUUCCAGAAUUAUGCACGAUGAGGUAAGCGAGACGGAGAACAUCAGGAAGAACUUGGCCAUUGAGCGGAUGAUUGUCGAGGGCUGUGAGGUGCUGCUGGACACCAGUCAAACAUUUGUUAGACAAGGUUCUCUGAUCCAGGUGCCAAUGAGUGAGAAGGGGAAGAUCACGAGAGGUCGACUGGGCUCUUUGUCUCUGAAGAAAGAGGGCGAGCGACAGUGUUUCUUGUUCUCCAAACACCUCAUUAUCUGCACCAGAGGCUCAGGAGGAAAACUCCACAUCACAAAGAAUGGAGUGGUCUCGCUCAUCGACUGCACAUUGAUGGAGGAGGCAGAAGGCACAGAUGAUGAGUCCAAAGCAGAGAAAAGUGGUCAGGACACGGAUCACUUGGAUUUUAAGGUGAUGGUAGAACCCAAAGACAGUCAACCCUACACCGUCAUCCUGGUGGCUUCGUCCCGACAAGAAAAGUCAGCGUGGACCAGCGACAUUAGCCAGUGCAUCGACAACAUUCGCUGUAACGGUCUGAUGAUGAAUGCCUUUGAGGAAAACAGUAAAGUCACCGUGCCACAGAUGAUUAAGUCGGACACCAGCCUGUACUGUGAUGAUGUCGACAUCCGUUUCAGCAAGAUGAUGAACUCCUGCAAAGUGCUGCAGAUCCGUUAUGCCAGCGUGGAGCGCUUGUUGGAGAGGCUGACUGACCUGCGCUUUCUCUCCAUUGACUUCCUCAACACUUUUCUUCACUCUUACCGGGUCUUCACCAGCGCCGACGUGGUGCUGGAUAAGCUCAUCACCAUUUACAAGAAACCCAUCAGUGCCAUUCCUGCACGUUCUUUGGAGCUUUUUUUUGCGAGUAGCCAGAACAACAAACUCCUUUACGGCGAGCCGCCCACAUCACCGCGUGCCGGCCGCAAGUUCUCUUCUCCGCCUCCUCUCUCCCUCACCAAGACCUCCUCGCCCAACCGCCGUCGAAAGCUUUCGCUCAACAUCCCCAUUAUCACCGGGGGCAAAGCCCUGGACCUGGCUGCGCUCAGCUGUUCUCCCAAUGGCUAUGCAGGCGUGCACUCCACCAUGUCACCCUUCAGCAAAACCACACUUGACAUCAACAAGCUCUAUGUGUCCAGCACCAUGGCCAGCAAGAUUCCCAAUGAGGCCGAGCCCAGAGCCGAAGGCAAGGCUGAGGAGUCUGUCCUUAGUAAGCAAGAUCUCUCGGUGAAAGAGGAAUGCAACGAAGAAGAAAGUCAAAGUGACGACGCAGAAGCAGAAAUGUCUCCUCCCAAAUCACCUUCAACACCGAAGAAUGUCAAGUCAAAAAACUCUGAGUUUUCCCUGUUUUCCUUCAACAAUGGCAUGGUGGUGUCAUCAUGUCGGGAACUGGACAACAACCGCAGUGCCCUUUCUGCUGCCUCUGCCUUUGCCAUUGCCACUGCAGGUGCCAAUGAGGGUACACCAACCAAGGAGAAGUACCGCCGUAUGUCCCUUGCAAGCACAGGUUUUCCUACAGACCAGAGAAAUGGGGACAAAGAGUUUGUUAUCAGAAGAGCAGCAACCAACAGAGUCCUCAAUGUGCUGCGUCACUGGGUCUCCAAACACUCGCAGGACUUUGAGCUGAACACCGAGCUGAAGGUACGAGUAAUUGGCUUCCUGGAGGAGGUGAUGCAUGACCCAGAGCUUCUGACACAAGAGAGAAAGGCAGCCGCCAACAUUAUCAGAACUCUAACACAGGAGGACCCUGGAGACAACCAGGUCAGCCUGGAGGAAGUCAGACAAAUGGCCAUGGAGGAGUGUAAGACUGAGCCUUUUGAGAACCACUCUGCCCUGGAGAUAGCAGAGCAACUUACAAUGCUGGACCACCUGGUCUUCAGAGUCAUCCCAUACGCGGAGUUCUUUGGGCAAGGAUGGAUGAAGAACGACAAGAAUGAGAGAACUCCAUACAUUAUGAAAACUACCAAGCAUUUUAAUGAUAUCAGCGACAGGAUCGCCACAGAGAUCCUGCAUUGGGACGACGUCAACAUGCGGGUAGCAGUGAUCGAGAAAUGGGUUGCAGUGGCUGACAUUUGCCGCUGCCUCCACAACUACAACACUGUACUGGAGAUUACGUCCUCUCUCAAUCGCAGCUCCAUUUUCCGCCUCAAAAAGACCUGGCUCAAAGUCUCCAAGCAGACCAAGACUGUGAUUGACAAAUUGCAGAAGCUGGUGUCAUCUGAGGGAAGAUUCAAAAACCUGAGGGAGGCUCUGAAGAACUGUGACCCUCCCUGCGUUCCAUACCUAGGAAUGUACCUGACUGACUUAGCCUUCAUAGAGGAAGGAACGCCUAAUUACACUGAGGACAACCUGGUCAACUUCUCCAAGAUGAGAAUGAUAUCUCACAUUAUCAGAGAAAUACGCCAGUUUCAGCAAACAGCUUACAAGAUUGAUCAUCAGCCAAAGGUUGCAAAGUUCCUACUGGAUAGCAGUUCGGCGUUGGAUGAGGAGAGCCUAUACAAAGCAUCUCUGAGACUUGAACCUAAAAUGUCAUCAUGAAAAGGAGCUCCCACUUUCUCAGACUAAACUUUGUGGAAUGUACAGGUGCAAUAUAUCAUAUUGUACAUAUACUUUUGUUGGUAUUAGAUACAGUAGGCUGUGCCCUUCCAGUAUGUGGACUCAUUAGACACUAACGG